UUCAGGGAGAUAAGAAAUCCUGUUUCUUACACAAUAAAUAGGACAUAAACAGCAUCAAGUGAUAUUCAAGUUCCAACACAGAAACAAUUUUCAUACACUACCAGCUUAGAGAGAUAUCACCAAGAAACUAGCAGCGAUAUGAUGAAACCAGCAAUCUUUGUGGUGUUUCUAGUGUUCUUUUUGAUGGGGAAAGAAGCAGAUUCAAUGAGGUAUGAACUUAAUAACGAGAUAGAUGUUCCACUAUCAGCCAGUUCUAUAUGGCAAGUUUAUGCUUGUAAAGAUCUCCCUAAGCUCAUCGUCAAAUUACUCCCCGAUGUUUUUGAUCGAAUCGAUUAUAUAAAAGGAGAUGGUGGUCAAGGCACCAUCGUUCGCAUUGUUUUUCCUCCCGGGAGUGUGCCACGGUCAUACAAAGAGCAAUUCAUAACAAUAGAUCAUGUUCAUCGUCUGAAGGAGGUAAAACAAUAUUCAGGAGGGUACUUAGCCAUGGGUGUGAUAUCUUACAUUGAUAAGUUCAAAAUCAUAAGUAGGGGUCCUAAUUCAUGUACCAUAAGAUCUACAACGGAAUAUGAAGUCCCGGAUCAUCUUGCUGAUAAAGUCAAGGACCUAAUCAGUAUUGAGGGUCUUGUUCCGAUGGCUAAAGCCAUUGUUGAUUAUGUGAAGGAAUACGGUGAUUAUGGUCAAUGCCUGGGGGAAAAUGAUUUAGCUCAUAUAGCUUUGCCUGUUUAAUGGUGAAGCCAAUUGACGAUUCAUCACAUUAUGUGUGCUUUCUCUGAUCCAGCUGUUUGUAUUUGCUUUGCUUUGCUAUGUUUUUUUUUUUUUUUUUUUUUUUUUUUUUUUGUACUGCGGAUUACCAUGUUCCUCCUCUCCUGCGCCACUACUAUCAGAGGUGCUGAGGAAUUAAUUUAAGUGUUUGUCUUCUGUCUAUGUUACACCGACACACAAGCAUUUGUUACCAAUGUAUGUUUGAGGUUUUUAUCAUGGAAAAAAAAAAAGCACUACUAUCUAUUCUAUGCUA